UACUUAUUUUUGAAUAAGAAUUCAAUACAUUUGCCAUGAUUUCGUCAGAUCAUUUGAGACCUCUUAUCUAUUUUCUUAUUUGUUAGAACAAAUGGGAACAUCAUUAUUGUGUCACUUUUUUAUAGCUAUAAAAUAACAUCUUCUAUUUCUUGCAGUCCCACCGAUGUCUCUGAAUAUCAGCAGUAGAGGCUCAGUCUCAUUUGAAUGUUCGUCUGAUGCAAACCCAAUGCCGAAUUAUACCUGGAGCAGAUCUGGGCAGCCGAUGCCCGAGUCUGUUUGCGUUGACGGUCCAACGCUGACGUUCUUAAGCACAACUUCUGAUCUCAACGGCCUCUACAUCUGUGAGGCCUCCAACCCUUAUGGAAGCAAAGUUGGACAAAUCUUUGUUCACUUUAAAUCAGGGCCAUGCACUGUUUGUUGGGCUUUAUUUACAGUAUUUGCCCUGAUUGCUGCUGCAGUUGCAACUGCAUUUGAGAUACGGUUCUUUAGAUGCAAGCAUUGUCCAAGGUAUUUUCACUACAUACGUCCAGACCAGCCCCCGUCACAUGCAUCUCCAUCCCUUCACGCGUGUGCAGUGAUGUUAUGGAGUUUAAUGAGCUAA